AUGACGAUACAAGCUUCCAAGUUUACACCCGAGGUCCUCCUCUCGGCCCCGCGCAGGUCUCCCGGUGUUCCCAACCCAUCGGGCUCCAAAGUGCUGUACACUGUUUCGGCGUAUUCAUUUGAAUCCCACAACAAGACCGCCCAGACUCGCGUUCUCGACGUCGAGAGCGGCCACUCCACGCUCCUCUACGAGGAUCAGUCCUAUAACGAUGCGACAUGGAUUUCAGACCAGGAGAUUGCGCUCCUUCGCAGCGGCGAGAAGGGCACCACCAGCCUUGUACUGGGUAACAUCACCGAACCGUCCGUAGUCAAGGAGAUCCGUAACUUUGAAGGAAGUCUAUCGAGCCUGAAAGUCAAGCGACUCUCGGACAACGAGGUCGCGAUUGCUCUGUGCGUCUUGACCACCCCGUCUGGGGCCAUGUACAACCCGGCGGCCGAGAAGAAGCAGUUGUCGUCAGGCAAGAUAUACUCGAGUCUGUUUGUUAGACACUGGGAUACAUGGGGCAACGAGAACCACAACUCUCUCUGGUACGGACUGUUGAAAAAGGAAGAUCAGUCGUACAAGUUGGAAGAUCCCGGCUUGGUGAACGCCCUCGAUGGCACAAAGUUGCAGUCCCCUGUCCCUCCAUUUGGUGGGGCGGGAGACUUUGACAUCAGCAAGAACGGACUCGUGUUUGUUGCGCGCGACCCCGAGAUCUCCCCAGCAAUUUACACGAAGACCGACCUCUACUUUAUUCCUUUGAAGUCGUUUACGGAGACUAAGCCGCCUGCGCCUCAGGUGGUCAAGACGAGCAAGCUUCGUGGCUACUCCGCCUCGCCGGUGUUUUCAAGGGACGGCAAGAAGGUUGCAUUCACCAGGAUGAAGAGCGACCAGUACGAGACGGACAAGCCGAGACUCUUGCUGAUUCCGGACAUCUUCGACUUGUCGAGCGUGCAGGAGUUCUACGAGACAGAGGAUGGCGUUGGCGGAUGGGACGCUCGGCCGGAAUGGGUCACCUGGAGCAAAGACGACUCGGAGCUUUUUGUCUCCGCUGAAGAACACGGUCGCGCGAAGCUAUGGAAGCUGCCUGCCACACCACACCAAGCCAAGGACCUCCCCGCCGCAAUCUACGAGGACGGCUCAGUUCUAGAGGCGAAGUUGCUAGGAGAUGACGGCAACAGUCUGUUUAUCAGCACGUCGUCUAGAGUUGAGAACUCGGCUUACUCGAUUCUGGACCCUGUCAGCAAGAAGUCAGAUCUCGUUUCGUCAAGCUCAAAGCACGGCAAGUCUCUCGGUCUAUCCAAGUCUCAGUGCGAUGAGUUCUGGUACAAGGGAGCCGAGGGCUACGACGUUCACGCGCUCGUGGUGAAGCCAUCUAACUUUGACCCCAACAAGAAGUACCCGCUCGCCUUCUUGAUCCACGGAGGGCCUCAAGCUGCGUGGAUGGACAGUUGGAGCACUCGCUGGAACCCGGCCAUCUUUGCUGAGCAGGGAUACAUUGCGGUGAUGCCAAACCCGACAGGAAGCACUGGCUAUGGACAACAGCACACCGACAACAUCCAAAACGAGUGGGGUGGCCGGCCGUACGUUGACUUGGUCAAGUGCUUUGACCAUAUUGAGAAGAACAUCUCAUACAUUGACUCGAAGAAUGCGGUUGCUUUGGGUGCUUCUUAUGGAGGCUACAUGAUCAACUGGAUCCAGGGCCACGAGCUUGGAAGAAAGUUCAAGGCGCUGGUGUGCCACGACGGUGUGUUCUCAACACUCAACCAGUGGUCUACCGAGGAGUUGUUCUUCCCCCUCCACGACUUUGGAGGUACUCUCUGGGAGAACCGCACGGGCUACGAGAAGUGGGAUCCUGCUCACCACCUCGACCAGUGGGCCACCCCUAUGUUGGUCAUUCACAACGAAUUAGACUACAGACUACCGAUUUCAGAGGGUCUGGCGAUGUUCAAUGUGCUGCAGGCACGCAAAGUACCCAGCAAGUUGGUGAUGUUCCCUGAUGAGAACCAUUGGGUCUUGAAGCCAGAGAACUCCUUGGUAUGGCAUAGAGAAGUACUUGGCUGGAUCAACAAGUACACUGGCAUCGAUAAGGCGGAGGAUCUGUCCGUGAGGCAGAAGUAA